AUGCAUCGAUCUACCGCAGUUACAACCGAGGAGGAUCUCCACGACACCGAUGAACGCGACGAGGAAGAAGAAGAUGAUGAGGAAGAAGAGGACAUCUUUGCGAAGCUGUUGGAAUCUCCGGAACCCCACAAGGACCAUAGAACCAUGCAGCUAACUUCCGAAGAACGGCAAUGGGCACUGGAUUUGAAGAGGACGGUGGAACAAGACCAUGCUGAACUACACAACCUUAGUGAUAUGGAAUAUGCGGUGUAUGCCAUCAUCUCUCAGGGCAAUCGGGCUGAUGCUUUGACAAGAAUGGGAGCCAUUCAGAUGUUUCGAGAGGAGUAUCAAGUUGACAAUUCUAUAGAACAGGGUGUGUACAUGCUCGGAGAGCUAAUGAAGCAACAAGAAGGUCUCUUACUGUGUUUGGAUGUUGACAGUGCCACUUUGGAAGGAUUGCAUGUCAUGGAUAUUGGGGCCCUUAACCCACAGGCAGCGUUAGCGCCCUGCUUUAUCAGCGGGGUUGACUACAAUUGGCGCAUCAUGGUCUGCGGCUUCUACUAUUACAACCUGGCCUGCCAGCCAUGUCUUGGGACCGUCAGAGCAGGGAAUCACACCAUGGCUGACUUUGUGGGGUGGGGUUGGCAUCACAUGAAUAUGGAGAUUCAGUAUCGGUUCUCCGGGGAAAUGUUUGCCCACUAUCCAAUAAAGUUCACCAAAAUGUGUUGCUACAAUACCAAUCAGGCUGCCAAUAUUGUUUGGUCCCUUGUCAAGAAUGUGUAUCCAAGUUCUUUGAUGAAUGUGCUACAAUUGGGUUGCCAGAUACCCUCGGAAUCUUAUGAGGAGGCCCCAAAGAGUCUGAGUGAAAGAUAUCUGCAACCAGAUCUUAACCAGGCAUGCCUUCGGAUGCUAACGAGAGCAAAUAGCUUGUUGACCUUGAGGUGCCGAAAUGACGAGCUCUUUCGAUUGUAA